AUGGCGUCGAGUAAUGAAGUGCCGGUAGAAAUCAACCAGAGUGGCAUGUGCAUAGGAAAGAAUUCGGUGUCAAAAAUGGAAUCCAUGGAAGUUACAGAAAAUACACCUGCAGCAAAUAAAGAUGUAAUUCCGUCGUCUUGUAGGGAAUCUAUUUCUGUGGAAGAUAUGACAUCUCGAGAUUAUUAUUUUGAUUCAUAUGCACAUUAUGGAAUUCAUGAAGAAAUGCUAAAGGAUGAAGUGCGUACAGUGACUUACCGUAAUUCUAUGUAUCACAACAAACAUCUUUUUAAAGGAAAGACCGUUCUUGAUAUUGGUUGUGGAACUGGUAUACUUUCAAUGUUUGCUGCUAAAGCUGGUGCAGCCAGAGUUAUUGGUAUUGAGUGUUCUAAUAUUGUUGAGUAUGCAGAAAAAAUUGUGGAAGCAAAUCAACUGUCAAAUGUCAUAACAAUACUUAAAGGAAAGGUUGAAGAGGUUUCAUUACCUGAUGGCAUAGAAAAAGUUGAUAUAAUUAUUUCUGAAUGGAUGGGUUAUUGUUUAUUUUAUGAAUCGAUGUUAGACACAGUGCUUUUUGCUAGAGAUAAAUGGCUUCGUGAGGAUGGGAUGUUGUUCCCAGACAAGGCAACUCUAUUUAUUUGCGGCAUUGAAGAUAGGCAAUAUAAAGAUGAGAAGAUAAACUGGUGGGGUGAUGUAUAUGGAUUUGAUAUGAGUAGUAUAAGGAAAGUAGCAAUUAGCGAACCUCUAGUGGAUGUUGUGGACCCAAAACAAGUUGUUACAAAUGCAUGUCUUAUCAAAGAAGUCGAUUUAUACACAGUAACUAAGGCUGAUCUGGAAUUUUCAUCACCAUUUACUUUACAAGUUCGUAGAAAUGACUAUGUACAAGCGCUAGUUACAUUCUUUAACAUCGAAUUCACCAAGUGCCACAAACGUACUGGCUUCAGCACAGCCCCAGAAGUACAGUAUACUCAUUGGAAACAAACUGUGUUCUACUUUGAUGCAUGUAUGACAGUCAAGAAAGGAGAAGAAAUAUAUGGAGUAUUUUCAAUGAAGCCUAAUGCAAGGAACUACAGAGAUCUGGAUUUCAAUAUUGAACUGGACUUUAAAGGAGAAUUGUGCCAAGUACAUGAAACUAAUACUUAUCGUAUGCGCUGA